AAAAGUUGUUGCUUUGUUGUGUUCUUCCUCCUCAGAGUUGCAGCUGCAGGCAGAGACUGAGAGGAGGAGGAGGAGGAGGAGGAGGAGGAGAGACAAUGGCUCAAUGGCACGCGCUAGCUUCAUGCACAGCCGAUGGCACUGCGCUCUGUGCAUCCAAGAGAGAGCCGUUGCUAGUUCAGGAUAGGAUGAGCUGCCAAGGGAAGCCAUCCUCGUUUCGACUGCUGGGGGCCAGAGUGAGUGGUUUCCGGGGCUGUGCUGUUGGUUUAACGAAUAGCCGCAUCCUCCCUAGAGCUCCUCUAACUAAAGGCACACGAGCAGCUCUUUCAGAUUUAGGCACUCAAGAAGUUACGUCUAUGGAUAAAGAGAAAAAGCAAGGCCUCCGCGGGAAGUUAAAUAAAGUGGUUCUAGCCUACAGUGGCGGCUUAGAUACCUCUGUGAUAGUUCCAUGGUUGAGGGAGAAUUAUGGCUGUGAGGUUGUAUGCUUCACUGCUGAUGUUGGGCAAGGCAUAAAAGAGCUUGAAGGAUUAGAAGAAAAGGCAAAGGCCAGUGGGGCGUGUCAGUUGGUGGUGAAGGACCUGAAAGAGGAAUUCGUGAAGGAUUUCAUUUAUCCUUGCUUACGAGCAGGUGCCAUCUAUGAGAGGGAGUACUUGCUGGGGACUUCUAUGGCCCGUCCUGUUAUUGCCAAGGCCAUGGUAGAUGUUGCUAAGGAAGUUGGAGCAGACGCUGUAGCUCAUGGUUGCACAGGAAAGGGAAAUGAUCAGGUCCGCUUUGAGCUUACUUUCUUUGCUUUAAAUCCUCAACUGAAUGUCGUGGCUCCAUGGAGGGAAUGGGACAUCCAAGGGAGAGAAGAUGCGAUUGAAUAUGCUAAGAAACAUAAUGUGCCUGUCCCAGUUACGAAGAAGUCCAUCUACAGCAGAGACAGGAAUUUGUGGCACUUGAGCCAUGAGGGUGAUAUUCUGGAGGACCCUGCUAAUGAGCCAAAGAAAGAUAUGUAUAUGAUAUCUGUUGAUCCAGAAGAAGCACCGAAUCAACCAGAGUAUGUGGAGAUUGGGAUAGUCUCAGGUCUCCCUGUUUCAGUCAAUGGAAAAGAGCUCUCCCCAGCUUCCUUACUUUCCGAGCUUAAUGAGAUAGGGGGAAGGCAUGGGAUUGGUCGUAUUGACUUAGUGGAGAACCGCCUCGUUGGAAUGAAGAGCCGCGGGGUCUAUGAAACUCCAGGCGGCACUAUCUUAUUCAAAGCUGUCCGGGUGCUCGAGACUUUGACCCUUGAUCGGGAGACUAUGCAAGUUAAAGACUCGCUCGCCCUUAAGUAUGCAGAGCUAGUCUAUGCUGGGAGGUGGUUCGAUCCCCUUCGUGAAGCCAUGGAUGCAUUCAUGGAGAAAAUCACAAGCACCACAACAGGUUCGGUAACUCUGAAGCUGUACAAGGGGAAUGUUACUGCUACCAGCAAGACAAGCCCGUUCAGCCUUUACAGGCAGGAUAUUUCUUCUUUCGAGAGCGGGGAGAUUUAUGACCAGGCCGAUGCUGGUGGAUUCAUUCGGCUCUAUGGACUUCCUAUGAGAGUUCGAGCUAUGUUAGAAAGGGGCCUCUGAGUUGAUUUGCUGUUUGCUCUUCCUUUCAUCCCAAGUAAUUAAUCAGUAGUCAUGUCCAAGGUGGUUUUUUUUUUUUUGAUUUGAUAAGUAGCCAUGUCCGGUGUUGCUAGGACCAUGUACGGCCUCGGUGAAUUGCAAUUGGAGUUACAAAGUGAAUGUUGAGUGCA